AUGCACGAACGAUCUGCGGUCCACUUACGAGCUAUAAACAAGUGGCUUCAAACUGAACAAAAUUUUCGCACUGGCAAUCUACUUGAUAAAGAGUGCGAAACAUUUUUAAGACUUGAAACGGCACGAUACGAACAAGUUUUCCAAAGAAUAACUGCUGUUAUUUUAUAUUUUGCGCAACAUAAUUUAGCUUUCCGAGGAAGUUCCGAUACUUUGUACACACCGCACAAUGGUAAUUUUUUGGGUUUAAUACAAUUAAUUGCAAAAUUUGAUUCUGUUCUAAAUGAUCAUUUAAACAGAACAGCCAUAAAAGGGCAACAUUAUUUAUCGCAUUCAAUUCAAAACGAAUUAAUAAGUGCAAUGGCAAAUAAAGUACAAAAAGUAAUUAUCGAUGCAAUAAGGAGAGCAAAAUAUUAUUCCAUUUUAUUUGAUUGUACACCAGAUGUGAGCCAUCAAGAGCAAUUAUCGGUUGUUCUUCGUUAUGUCAACAUAACAGACGAGGAGGUCGAAAUCAAGGAACAUUUUAUCAAAUUUGAAAUAGUUUACGAUACAACAGGAAAAGGGCUAUCUGAAACUAUCAUGCUCAUUCUGGAUCAGUUGGGAAUAAAAAUAUCCGACUGUCGCGGACAAGGAUAUGAUAACGGUGCCAAUAUGAGGGAAAUAUAUCAAGGAGUACAAGCAAAUAUAUUAUGUGUAAAUCCUAAAGCGUUUUACGUACCAUGCGGUAGUCACAACUUGAAUUUGUUAUUGGGAGAUAUAGCAAAAUCAUCAACCCAAGCACUACAUUUUUUUGGUGUUUUACAAAAGAUUUACACGAUAUUUGCAGCAUCGACAUCGCGUUGGGAUGUUCUAAAAAAACACGUUGAAAAAAUUACACCUAAACCAUUAUCAGAAACUAGGUGGGAAUGCCGUUUUGAUAGUGUGAAGGCUAUUCGAUUUCAAGUUCGCCAAUUUCGAAAUGCCUUGAUCGAAAUUGGCAACAACGCAUCUGACAAUAAAUUGAAAAUUGAAAUUUUGUCUAUAGUGCGCAAGAUAAAUGAAUUUGAAUUUAUUGCCAGUCUUAUCAUUUGGUACGAAAUAUUAUCAAAAAUUAACAUCGUCAGCAAAGUAUUGCAAAAUCAAAAGAUGCAAAUCGAUUUGGCCAGGAAGCAUCUGAAAGGUCUUAACGUAUUCUUUGCGGAAUACAGAAAUGAAGGAUUUAGCAAAGCUAUGAUCGCAGCAAAUGAAGUUGUAAAGGAAAUGGACAUAAUACCAGAUUUCAAAUCAUCAUACAGGGGCAAAAAAUGGAAAUUAUUCGAUUAUGGACAGGAUGAAUCAUCGACGAUCAGCGACAAAGAAUACUUCCGUGUACAUUACUUUUUAAAAAUAAUAGAUACUGCGUUAGUAUCCUUUAAAAGUAGAUUCGAAUUAUAUGCAAAUCACCAAAAUAUUUUUGGUUUUCUAUACAUGAAUGAGAUUGGGAAUUUAGAUGAUGAAUAUUUAUUAAAGUGUUGUGAAGAUCUUCACUUACAUUUGGAAGGAGAUUUCGACGGAACUGAAAUGUUUGAAGAAAUUAAGAUGUUCCGGUCAAUAACGCAAACCAAUUAUUCGGCUUUAGAUUCGAUGAAUUACAUUGUAAAGAACAAUCUCUCGGAAGCAUAUCCAAAUUUAUUAAUCGCAUUACAAAUUAUGUUAACGACGCCAGUAACCGUGGCUUCAGCAGAACGUAGUUUCUCGCGGUUGAAACUAAUAAAAAAUUAUCUGCGAUCAUCGAUAAGCCAAGAGAGAUUUUCAUCUCUGGCUAUUCUGUCAAUAGAAAGUGAAGUAGCAAAUUCAAUCGAUUUUGAUGAUGUUAUCAAAGAUUUGUCGUCGAAAAAAGCGAGAAAAAUUAUUUAA